AUGAGCACUGUCAUGAGUAUCCUGAUUCUCUUUAUACUAUCUUCAUUGCCAUAUUUUCAAGUCGCAGCGGUAGUAGCUCAGACUCUGUCAUCAUCACCCUUUGGCUAUCAAGGAGAAUGGAAUCUCUUGCAAACAAGCAUUGGCAUCUCAGCUAUGCACAUGCAACUUCUACAUAAUGACAAAAUCGUCAUGUUUGACCGAACCGAUUUUGGACCCUCAAAACUCCCUCUUUCAAAUGGCCGUUGUCGAAUGGACCCACAAGAUACUGCCCUUAAAAUUGAUUGCACUGCUCACUCUCUGUUAUAUGACAUACACACAAACACGUUCCGACCGUUAAUGGUACAAACAGACACUUGGUGUUCCUCAGGUUCUGUUCUCCCUAACGGUACCCUGGUACAAACUGGUGGUUACAACGACGGUGACCAUCGCAUUCGCAUGUUUACCCCAUGCUUCGACCAAAACUGUGAUUGGGUUGAAUUCCCAAGUUACUUAUCCCAAAGAAGAUGGUAUGCAACUAAUCAAUUACUACCAGAUGGUAGAAUCAUUAUUGUUGGAGGGAGAAGACAAUUCAGUUAUGAAUUCUAUCCUAGAAGUCCCAAUAAGAAUAAUCCUCCCUCACCUAUUCAUCUUAGCUUUCUCCAAGAAACUACUGAUCGAUACGAAAACAACUUGUACCCUUUUGUUCACCUUUUACCUGAUGGGAACCUAUUCAUUUUCGCAAAUACACGUUCCGUGUUAUUUGACUAUAAACAAAACCGUGUUGUCAAAGAGUUUCCUCCUAUCCCAGGUGGCGAUCCUCGUAACUAUCCAAGCUCAGGCUCAUCAGUUCUUCUCCCACUAGACGAAAACAAAGGCUCUAAUAUCGAAGCUGAAAUCAUGGUCUGUGGAGGAGCGCCACGUGGCUCAUUUGCGGGUACCUUAAAGGGAAACUUCAUGCAAACCCUUAACAACUGUGGACGCCUUAAAGUAACUGACGCAAACCCUAAUUGGGUGAUGGAGAAAAUGCCAUUGCCAAGAGCAAUGGGAGACAUGCUAAUUCUCCCUAACGGCGAGGUUAUUAUAAUUAACGGCGUAGGGUUAGGCACAGCCGGGUGGGAGCGCGGCCGUCAACCGGUGCUGACGCCGGUUAUAUUCCGGCCAUCUGAGAUGGACUCACGGUUGCGGUUUCGUGUGAUGUUACCUGCUUCGAGACCUAGGCUUUAUCAUUCCUCAGCAGUGUUGUUAAGAGAUGGAAGAGUCUUAGUUGGUGGUAGCAACCCACAUAUAUAUUACAAUUUCACUGGGGUUUUGUACGCUACUGAUCUUAGCUUGGAAGCUUUUUCUCCACCGUAUUUAUCAUCUUUGCUUGAUCCGGUUCGGCCAACUAUUAGGUACAUCACAAGCUAUGUUUUUGAGUACAGGGUCUUCUAUUAUGUCACUUUCACGGUAACCAAGUAUGCUUCGGCUAGUGAAGUAUCGGUUAGGCUCGUGUCACCAUCGUUUACGACGCACUCUUUAGGUAUGAAUCAGAGAAUGGUGGUGUUGAAGUUGACUGCGGUUACGCAUGUGACCGGAGAGACUUAUUAUGCUACCGUGGUGGGACCAUCGACUCCGGAGAUUGCACCGCCGGGGUAUUACAUGUUAUUUGUGGUGCAUGCAGGUAUACCAAGUUCUGGUUCAUGGGUGCAAGUGUUGUAAUUAUAAUGUAUCAGAAAACAUGGCGUAGUUGCACUUUCGUUGAAAUGUUGUUAAU